GACGUCAUCAAAACUGGCAGGUUAGCUCUGCCUUUGCGUCGCGAGUGGACAGUCCAAGCUAACACUGCCGAAAAAGCGAGCGUCUCGGCUUGAGAAGUGACCCUCUCCUUUUACAAUAUUAACCGUCGGAGAAAACGCGCCUCAGUGUUAAAAUGAAGAGGCGGAUACACUUCGGGUUUGUUCUGAUUUAUUCGCUGGUCUCGUAUUUUUCUCCGUGCUCGGCGUUUUAUCUUCCGGGUUUAGCCCCUGUGAGUUUCUGUGACGACGGCAAAGCGGGUGAAGAGUGUCAGUCAUUGAUUCAGCUGUUUGUCAAUCGCUUGGACUCUGUAGAGUCGGUGUUGCCUUACGAGUAUGACGUGUUUGACUUUUGCAAAGAUGCCAAGGAAAUGAGGCCUUCUGAGAACCUUGGACAGGUGCUGUUUGGUGAACGCAUUGAGUCAUCGCCAUACAAGUUCAAUUUUAAAGAAGAUGUUAAAUGCAAGACAGUGUGCACCAAAAACUACAAGAAAGGUGCCCAGGAGGAUAUAACCAAACUUGAUUUUCUCAAGAUGGGAAUGCAGUUAAACUACCAACACCACUGGAUCAUUGACAACAUGCCAGUCACAUGGUGCUAUGAUGUGGAAGAUGGUCAGAAGUACUGCAACCCAGGCUUUCCUAUUGGCUGCCUUGUUACAGCAGAUGGUAGACCCAAAGAUGCCUGUGUCAUCAAUGCUGAUUUCAACAAGAAGAACACAUUUUACAUUUUCAACCAUGUGGACAUUAAGAUCAUCUACCACAGUGGAGAAUCAGAAGGAUGGACAGGGGCUCGGCUGGUUGCUGCCAGUCUGGAGCCAAGGAGUAUCAAACAGACUGAUGAGAAAAACCCAAACUGUGAAGGAACCGCCCCGAUGGAGAUCCCCGUGGAGUUCAAUGAUGAUGCCUCAGUAAUUUACACCUACUCCGUCACUUUUGAACAAAACAAUGAUAUCAAGUGGGCCUCAAGGUGGGACUACAUCCUGGUCUCCAUGCCUCACACCAACAUCCAAUGGUUUAGCAUCAUGAACUCUCUGGUCAUCGUCCUCUUCCUGUCGGGCAUGGUUGCCAUGAUCAUGUUGAGAACCCUCCACAAGGAUAUUGCUAGAUACAACCAGGUGGACCAGGCAGACUUGAUAAAGCUCCCACAGACCAAGGAAAAAUCCUCUCUACCCUAUGAGGAUGCGCAGGAGGAGUCGGGGUGGAAGCAGGUGCAUGGGGAUGUUUUCCGUCCCCCAAGGAAGGGCAUGUUGUUGUCGGUGUUCCUGGGACAGGGCACCCAGAUCCUCAUCAUGACCUUUAUCACUCUGUUCCUGGCCUGUCUGGGUUUCCUGUCACCAGCCAACAGAGGGGCUCUCAUGACUUGUGCCGUGGUUCUCUGGGUGCUGCUGGGAACACCUGCCGGCUAUGUGUCUGCACGCCUUUACAAAACUUUUGGGGGUGAAAAAUGGAAAACAAAUGUGCUGCUGACAGCGCUCCUGUGCCCAGGCAUUGUGUUUGCAGACUUCUUCCUGAUGAACCUCAUCCUCUGGGUGGAGGGUUCCUCAGCAGCCAUCCCCUUUGGCACCCUGGUGGCAAUUUUGGCCCUGUGGUUUGGAAUCUCUGUGCCCCUCACCUUCAUUGGUGCCUACUUUGGAUUCAAGAAACCUGCAAUUGAACAACCAGUCCGAACAAAUCAGAUCCCACGUCAGAUUCCUGAGCAGUCUUUCUUUACCAAACCCAUCCCCGGGAUUGUAAUGGGUGGUAUCCUGCCCUUUGGCUGCAUCUUCAUUCAGCUUUUCUUCAUCCUGAACAGCAUUUGGUCUCAUCAGAUGUACUACAUGUUUGGCUUCCUGUUCUUGGUUUUCAUCAUUCUACUCAUCACCUGCUCCGAGGCCACAGUUCUCCUCUGCUACUUCCAUCUAUGUGCUGAGGAUUAUCACUGGUGGUGGCGUUCCUUCCUGACCAGUGGCUUCACUGCGGUCUAUCUGUUCAUCUAUGCCGUGCAUUACUUCUUCUCGAAGCUGCAAAUAAUCGGAGCGGCCAGCACCUUCCUUUACUUUGGAUACACAAUGAUUAUGGUCCUUAUCUUCUUCCUCUUCACAGGAACAAUUGGCUUCUUUGCCUGCUUCUGGUUUGUAAACAAGAUCUACAGUGUGGUCAAGGUGGAUUAGAGGACUUGGGGAGAGACAGACUCGCUGGUGCAGCACUGACCUCUGUCUGCAGUGCUGUUUUGUGAGAUGAAGCAGUUUGAAUGGACCUGAAAGCAUCACUAAUAUUAAGACCAGGGCUCAUCCUCUUUUGUGCUUUAAACCUCUUUUGCUAUCGUUUUCUUUUUUAAUUAAAAUAUAUAUAAUUUUGUGUUCACUGUUGACCAGUAAUAUUUUAAGUGGCACCUUGAAAAUCUGUGUGGGUUCCAUUGAUCUAGUUCAUAGUGGGCAGUUUGUUUGGGUGGGUUUAACAAAUAUUUCUGAAGAAAGUAAGAAGAAAAAAAAAAAACCCUUUGUAUUUUUGAUUAUUUUAUUUUAUAUUAUGUCUUAAUGUCUAGAUUUCGUUUUUUCCAUUUAUUACUUAUAUUGUAAAGAUAAAUAAAUUGUGUACAUAUACUGUACAGAGGGAGCGAGUGUGAAAGUGGUACUUGGAUGAGACCUUCCUUUCUUGUCAAAGGUAAUGGUGGCGUUAGAAAUCUGGAAAUAUUAGCUUGUAUUGUAGAUGAGAAAUCAUAUAAAACACUGUCAUUGCUAUGA